AUGAGACUCUUCCCCUUCCUCCUUCUCAGCUUUGCCCUGCUGGCAGCGGCUCAUGCACACACUCUCCCUCCCCAACCCAGCUCUAGGUCCAGAUCUAUUCAAUCAAACCGCCACCAACAGGAGCAUCACAAGCACGAUCAGCUAGCCCUUCGGCCUCGAGGUCUGCUAAUGUCCGUCCCCUCGGACGGGACCGCCUCAGGAUGGGAGCGCGAGCAGCUCUUGGGAUCCAAUCGACAACGCACUUCCGCUUCUCAACCACAAGGACAAGAAUUCGUCGGUCCGGAUUCAGACGAGUCUCCCGGUCGUGCGCACCUCCCAAUCUCCACCCCAGAACGCACACCUUGGGGUUCUCCCACUGGCUACGGUCACGGUCCCGUACACGGCAUCGGGCUCGGGCUCGGCCAUGGCUGUGGGCGAGGAGAUUCUACCCCUCGCUCUUCCAGUCCUCAGUCGGGCAAGUACAGUUGCGGUGAUACGGGUCAGGAGAGUAUUCCUUCUUGGUCUACACCUGGAUGGGUGAAGGCGAAGAAGCAAGGGACGGGAAGUGAUGCAGGAGGUGCUGGUAGUAGUGGGAAUGGAAAUGGGAGGCAGAAGAAGAAGAAGGGAGGGUCUGGCAACGAGGGCGAGGAAAAACGAACAGAAACAUCGACGCUUCAUCUUUUCGACGCCCUCGUCACUUCCGAGUUCAAGCUAAGCUGA